UUUUACAUACGAAUUAAUAACAUAUUUUUGUUUAAAAAAUUGUUUAUUAAAAUGGAUGAAAUUAAAUUAAGUGAUGAUGUAUUUGAACAAAUAAAAGACUUCAACUAUCGGAAAUUGACUGAAGAGCAAGAAUCGUUAAUUGAUAAACUAAUAACAGACAAGGAAUUAAAAGAACGUUAUAAAAAUUUUAAACAAAAUUUCAAAAAUUGGACAAGUGUAAAUCAUGACGUUGAUGAAUUUAUUCAAAAAGCACAAUUAAAUGCUAGAAAUUUUGAUCAAACCAUAGAGUGGAUUGAAUAUGAUAAAUUUAAAGAUGUUGAAUAUUUAGCAGAAGGGGGAUUUGGAACUACAUUUAAAGCAGUUUGGAAAGAUGGUCCUAAAGUUACUUUAAAGUGCUUACAUAACUCACAAGAUAUUACAGCAGAUUUUUUCAAAGAAGUAAGAUAUUUUCUUAUAAAUCUUAAUUAGCCUUUAUAAAUGUUUAACUAUAAUUUCUUUUAAGAUU